AUGACGUCACAGUUUCAGUACGAUUUCUUCAAUGAGGAAAACUCACCGAAGUGGAAAGGACUGUUAGUUCCUUCACUGGAAAAGGUGCUGAAGCAGGUUCAUCCUAACCUGGUCUCCCAGCAGGAGGCACUGCAGUACAUAGAGGAGCUUAUUCUUCUGCUGCUCAGUCUGUUGUGUCAGGCUCAACCACGAAGUGUUCAAGAUGUAGAGGAGCGUGUGCAGAAGAGUUUUCCUCACCCGAUUGAUAAGUGGGCAAUUGCUGAUGCUCAGGCUGCUAUUGAGAAGAGGAAGAGGAGGAACCCUCUGGCGCUGCCUGUUGACAAGAUCCACCCACUACUCAAGGAGGUGCUGGGCUACAAGAUCGACCACCAGGUGUCAGUAUACAUGGUUGCAGUGUUGGAGUACAUCUCCGCCGACAUCCUGAAGCUCGCUGGGAACUACGUCAGGAAUAUUCGCCACUAUGAGAUUUCACAACAGGACAUCACAGUGGCCAUGUGUGCCGACAAGGUGUUGAUGGACAUGUUCCACCAGGAUGAGAACGACGACAUAAGCGGUUUUCCUCUGACGGACGAGGAGCCUUCAGCUAACGAGGAGCAGAGUUACUACGAGCUGCUGCGCAGCUUCAUGUCGGACGCUCGUCAAUACGAGCGACAGCUGAACCUGUUGAUCAAAGUCUUCAGAGAACCCUUCAUCUCCAGCAACAUGCUCUACUCUCAGCACGAUGUGGACAGUAUCUUCAGUCGCAUCGUUGAUAUUCAUGAAGUGACAGUGAAGCUCCUGGGUUUGAUUGAAGACACAGUGGAGAUGACUGAUGAAGAAGCUCCUCAUCCUCUGGUGGGAAACUGCUUUGAGGACCUAGCUGAGGAGUUAGCCUUCGACCCCUACGAGUCCUACACUCAGGAUGUUCUACGCUCCGGUUUCCACGAACACUUCCUGGGUCAGGUGACCAAACCUGGAGCUGCAUUUCACCUGCAGUCCAUCUGUGAAGGAUUCAAAGAAGCCGUUCAGUAUGUUCUUCCCAGACCGCUGCUCACACCCGUUUACCACUGUCUGCACCUUUUUGACAUACUGAAGCAACUUGAAGAGAAGAGUGAAGACGAGGAGGACAAAGAGUGUCUGAAACAGGCCAUCACUGCUCUGCUCAACCUGCAGAGCAGCAUGGAGAGGAUCUGCUCCAGGAGUCUGGCCAAGAGGAGGCUCAGCGAGUCAGCGUGUCGCUUCUACAGUCACCAGAUGAAGGGGAAGCAGCUUGCCAUUAAGAAGAUGAACGAGAUCCAGAAGAACAUCGAUGGCUGGGAAGGGAAAGACAUCGGCCAGUGCUGUAAUGAGUUCAUCAUGGAGGGAACACUGACGCGUGUCGGCGCCAAACAUGAGCGCCACAUCUUCUUGUUUGACGGUCUGAUGAUCUGCUGCAAGUCCAACCACGGCCCGCCGCGGCUUCCUGGAGCCGGGUCCAUGGCCGAAUAUCGACUCAAAGAGAAAUUCUUCAUGAGGAAAGUUCAAAUAAACGACAAGGAUGACAAGGAGGGCGAGUACCGACACGCCUUCGAGAUCAUACAGAAGGACGGCAACAGCGUGGUGUUCGCCGCAAAGUCCGCGGAGGAGAAGAACGGCUGGAUGGCGGCACUGAUUUCGCUGCAGUACCGCAGCACCUUAGAGCGCAUGCUGGACUCUGCCCUGCUGCAGGAGGAGAAGGACGAGCAGAUGAGACUGCCCGGUCCCGAGUUGUACCGCUUCUCUGAACCGGACUCUGAGGAGAACGUUGUAUUUGAGGAAAAUGUGCAGUCCAAGUCCGGGAUCCCCAUCAUCAAAGCAGGGACGGUACUGAAACUGAUCGAGAGGCUGACAUUCCACAUGUACGCAGAUCCAAACUUCGUGCGGACCUUUCUCACCACGUAUAGGUCGUUUUGUAAACCUCAGGAGCUGCUGGACCUGCUGAUUGAGAGGUUCGAGAUUCCAGAGCCGCGAAUGAACGACGUGGACCAGAUGGAGGGAGGAGGAGGAGGAGAGCAGCCUUUGAGCAACGAACUCAAGCGCUUCAGGAAAGAGUUUGUUCAACCCGUUCAGCUGAGAGUGUUGAAUGUGUGUCGUCACUGGGUCGAGCAUCACUUCUAUGACUUUGAAAGAGACUCUGAUCUGUUAAGAAGACUGGAGGAGUUCAUCUGCUCAGUCAGAGGAAAGGCCAUGAGAAAGUGGGUGGAGUCCAUCACUAAGAUCAUCCAGAGGAAGAAGCAGGUUCAGGUGAGCGGGCCCAGUCACAGCAUCACCUUCCAAAACUCUCCUCCUCCCAUCGAGUGGCACAUCUGUAAACCGGGGAGUAUAGAGAACUUUGACCUGAUGACCCUGCAUCCCAUCGAGAUCGCCCGACAACUGACGCUGCUGGAGUCCAUCUUUUAUAGGGCGGUGCAGCCAUCAGAGCUGGUUGGCAGCGUUUGGACCAAAGAAGACAAAGAGAUUCAUUCUCCAAACCUGCUGAGGAUGAUCCGACACACCACCAACCUGACACUGUGGUUUGAAAAGUGUAUAGUAGAAACAGAGAACUUGGAGGAGCGAGUGUCGGUGGUCUCUCGGAUUAUCGAGAUCCUGCAGGUCUUUCAGGAGCUGAACAACUUUAAUGGUGUUUUGGAGGUUGUCUGUGCCAUGAAUUCAUCACCGGUGUACAGACUGGACCACACCUUUGAGCAAAUUCCGAGUCGACAGAGAAAAAUCCUGGAGGAAGCGCACGAGCUGAGUGAAGACCACUACAAGAAGUACUUGGCUAAGCUGCGCUCCAUCAAUCCGCCUUGUGUGCCCUUCUUUGGUAUUUACCUGACCAACAUCCUGAAGACAGAGGAAGGAAACCCGGACUUCCUGCGCCGACAUGGCAGAGAUCUGAUUAACUUCAGCAAGAGACGGAAGGUGGCGGAAAUCACUGGGGAGAUCCAACAGUACCAGAACCAGCCGUACUGUCUGAAGGUCGAGAGCGAAAUCAGGAACUUCUUUGAGAAUCUGAACCCGAUGGAGGACAUGUCCGAAAAAGAUUUUGCAGAUUAUCUGUUUAACAAAUCUCUGGAGAUCGAACCUCGAAACGCCCGCUCUUUACCUCGAUUUGCAAAGAAGUACACCUGUCCCCUGAAAUCUCCCGGGAUCCGUCCCACGUCGGCGAGACCCGGGACCAUGAGGCACCCGACGCCGCUGCAAAACGAACCCAGAAAGAUCAGCUACAGCCGCAUUCCUGACCCAGAGGUGGAAGGGAUCGCCGUUUCUGCGCCCAACUCGCCCCGCACACCUCUAACCCCGCCUCCCACCUCUGCAGCUUCCAGCUCCACAGAUGUAGGCAGCGUCUUCGACUCACCACAGGGUCCCAGCAGCCCAUUUCACUCUAGGUCGUCUUCCGUCUCCUCCAUGGUCAGUUUGACUCGUGGCUUAGAAGAUGUUCCAGUUCCUCCUCCGGUUCCUCCACGACGACGACCAGAGUCGGCACCGGCUGAGUCCUCACCGUCCAAGAUGAUGUCCAAGUUGGACAGCCCUCCUGCGGUCCCUCCUCGUCAGCCCACCUGUAAACUCCUCCCUCCUCGUUACUCUUCAUCGUUGUCGUCGUCCUCACCACCAGACAGCCCCCCCCUGCUGCCUCCCAGGGAGCCCCUCAGUUCUCCUCUGCACCUCCUCCCGCCUCCACAAGGCCGUCCUUCGCAGGCUUUUUUCCCGUCCACCACUUCCUCUUUGCCCUCCAUCAGCUCCGCCCCCUCUGCCUCUUCGCCCCCCGUUGUCACCCCCAGUCCUACUCCCGCCUCUAGGAAGAUGCCUCUUCCUUCCCCGACCGUCAUCCCCUUGGAUGGCCCGCCUGUUCCCCCGCGCCAUAGUGUUCCCAAACUUCCUCCCAAGACCUACAAGAGGGAGUCCCUAAGCCACGCCCCCAUGUUGGACACACCACCUACAUUGUGAUCGGUCAGUCUGGACUUUAAAAGCAUGUGGGCUGCCUGACAGCAUGUGGAGAGGAGCUGGUUAAAUUAUUAAACACUACAGCUGACUGGAUCAAACCGGCGAUCUGAUCCAGACAGAGACUAAAGAACUGAUCAUGUGAUGUGUCCUGAAAAAGAUGUCACAAUUAAUUUGUCGAACAUUCGUCUGUGGUUGGAUCUUCUUUUCUGUUCAUCUGUGAACUGAGAUCUGGUUCGGCUCGGAAUCUGUACGGAUCCUCGAUGGUUCCGUAGGAGUUCGGCUAAAUCUCCAAACAUUGACUCUGACUUUAAGGUGUUGGUUUGUCUGUAGCGUAUAAGUACUGGACCAGAACAACAGAGGUACUGUGCAGGUUCUGGUGGACGAGCUCGUCUCUGACAGUUGAUAAUGUAAACAAAUGUGAUGAUGCCUUCUUCCAAACAAGGGAAUAAAUGUGUUUGUAUCAUAUCUCAGCACAAA